GACGACGAUGGCGCCAGUGGUGAUGAUCACGGUGACGGAGGAGAUAGGCCACGACCWGCACAUGGUGACACGAUGCGCGCYGACGGGGCAGGGGGCGAGCACCGCACAGCAGUAGAUGACGCUCGAGAUGGAGUGCAUGAUGAUGGUUCACGACCUGUCUCGGGCGGUGACCUGAGGCGCUUGAAACGCGGACCAAGGGAAAAAGACACUAUCGCUUCACGUGUGCGCAAGCGUCAUGGUGGGGUUGCUAGCAUUCCACUAUCACGAGUCCCCGCAACUGGGCAUAUUCCAGUUUCAAAGGACUCUUUGAGCGAUCACGGCGGCGAGGAGCGGAUCGAGCUGCAUGGCGGGAGCGGUCAUCCACGAGGUGACACUUCGAGUAUGCACGCGACAGCUCCGAUGGGCCCUUCCGCAGCAGUCCCAGAAUCGCAACAGGGUCCAGCACCGUUGAUGCGUCAUCCCGAGGUUCAGGGAGAGAUCAGUCCUCUCCCGGCAGUGCGGGACGAGGGUUCUGUCGGUGCACUGCAUCCACUCACGUCUGCCGGAGCGRCAGUCUCAGUUGCAGCGACCUCGGAUGUGGGACAACCACUGGCAGCGGCGGAGCAAGAAAGUAUUCUCCCACCUCGCAGUGUUCAACCGCGGCCACCGCCCGCAUUGAUGGAGGGGAGUCAGGGGACCGUUGUUGUGUGUCAAGGCGACGAUCUCCCGGAACGUGAUAUCUCACACACUCCCGCAGCCGAGCAGAGCGCGGCAGACCAUGUCGGCCUCGCAUGCCCCACCGGCAGUCUUCCGGGUACCGGCGAGUUACUGACCAUGGACUCUGCGCUCGUUUCUCUACCGGACUUGUCGACGUUGAUAUCCCCAGGUCUACCCCAUGUGUCACCGCCCAAGCCACAACAACCUGUUGUCAUGGAGCGUGGAUCGGACAGGUUUGACGUGGCAGGAGGCGAUAUCGCCGAUAUGAUUACAAGCCCAAUGGUGUCUGCCACACCCACAAUUUCUCGUGUUGGCAAACUACGCGAGGUGGCCCUUGGUUUGGCGGAGACGGCGACGCGACACCGCCGCGACGGUCAGCGCAGCAUCGCACAACGCAGUCUUUCUCAUCCGUUUGACGGCGCAGAGGAAGGGUCUCCUGGUGGCGGGAAGAGUACUGGGGGGAUGGAUGAGCAGGGAGUCCGGAAUGUUGGYAGGCCAUCUGCACCGUCUAUGGGGAAACGAUCCAUUGAGAGUGUGGAUGGUGCUCGGCACACCGCCAUGGCCGAGUUUGAGGACCGACACGGGAGUGCUUUGUCGACGAAGACGUCUGAUGUCCAUGCUACGAGAGCCGCAAAGGCGAGUCUUUCUCGGGCAAGGAAGAAGGCCUCGGCAAGGAAGGCGUCACGUUCAUCCUCACAUAUGCGUUCCCGAGAGAGAGGAUCGGGCGUUGUGCAUCUCGAGGAUAGAGAGAUUGCACCUGACGGCGACGCAUUGGAUGUUGGAGGGAGGGAUGCAACGACGGCGAAUAUCGUCGGCAGGGAGGGCACAGGGAAUGCAGUGGCAGGUCAGAAGAGACGCGGCAGUGUACUUAUCGUCCACGACGACAACACAGAUGUCGCCCCGGGAGAGACCACAGGCUCUGAUGAUGCAGGGGACUCCGAUUACGUACCCAAACCACGAGCGGCAGAUGGAGAUGAUGGAGGAGGGCGACGAGUGAGACCGAGGACACGACUCGGGCCGCAAGGGCAGCGAUCACAGGGCACACCAUCGGCGAUGAUUCCUGCCCCCAUAGAUCGGCGAGCUCAGGCGCAGCGGUUGCUGCGCAAAAUGGAGGCCACUCUUCAACAGACGCACGGAAAAGGAGUUCAAUCUCGAUUUCCUGCACGUCUCCAUGACCUCGUCCAGAUUCAGGCAUUCGAUCCGAUCCUCUUUGCUAGUGGGACCACGCCCCAGGGGUCACAGCAGCAUGGCGAAGCUGGAGUUGAAAUACCACGGCCUCGUUCCACCACUCAGCAUAUACACAAAAGACAGGAGAUUGUCCUUCGGGACAUCCGUUAAAAUUGGAACGAUACAGAGAAGAUUAGCAUGACCCCU